UAAGGCUCCCAUCGUUCACCCCGGAUUUUUUCGCGACCGACACAUCACUAGAACAUUCAACUAGUUUCAAAAGAAAACACACGGUACUCGACACUGGAGAGCGCUGUUGGCUCAUAACAAUUAUGUGUAUUCUCCUCCACUAAGAGCUCUGCCAUAUCCAGCAGACAGGAGUUCGGAGCUGCCUCCGACUGGUGCUCAUUGUGCUGAUGGUGCGCGCGAUAGAAAACAGUGGGAUGGGUAAAAAAACUUGUUUGUCGCUUGUGAGGUGAUGUUUCAGAAGACUGCUGGAUCAUAAGGACGGGUAAGAUGUUGCAGAGGUAGAACAUCUUCAACUUUUUGGUUAUCACCUUUUUACUGUUGGACAAGUGGAGUUGUACUCAUAGACCUCCCUGAUAAAUGAGCAAUGAUGAAGAUGAUGACCCAGGCCUCCUGUAGGAUAGGUCUGCAGGUGUGUUUAGUCCUGUUGAUGGUGGGCGGACUACAGGGCAGGGUAACAGCACCAGAGCGCCUUGAAGCUCCUGUUGAAAACCCCUUCACCCUGACUUGCACUGUUAUGAGGGAUCGAGGUGAGUCUUUGAGGCAGGUGCGAUGGCUGGAUGACCAGAACCAGACCCUGCUGACUUACCAGCCCGGCCUCAAAGACAGUGUGAGCGGACAGCAGCAUGUGGAGCUUGCCAUUUCUCCAAAAGACACCUCAGCUAUCACUAUCCGCAGAGUGGGCUUCCGUGACGAGGGAUGCUACACCUGCAUCUUUGAUUUGCAUCCUUCUGGUUCGAAGCAGGGGCACACCUGCCUCACUGUUACCUCACGAAUCACUGUCGACGGCAACAAGACAGCAGUGAGCGGCAAGAAGGCCUCCCUCACCUGCUCCUAUGGUUUACCCGAAAAAGUGCAGGAGAUCACGUGGAGACACACCCCUCUGCACGGAGACUCUGUAGAGGUUGCCUCCUAUGCAAAGCGCAGUGACCCCAUGAUAGAGCCAUCUUACCAGGGGAGAGUCUGGCUGAGUGCCUCCCUGUCCGACAGCCAGCUCAUCAUCCAGCCUGUUGCUAUCGAGGACGAGGGCUGCUACACCUGCAUGUACAGCACACAUCCUGAAGGGCUGAAGAGCUCCACGGUUUGCCUCGCCACCUAUGUGCUGCCCAAACCUCAGGUGAGCUACAAGACUACCUCUCCAGGUGUGAUCGAAGCCAAUUGCACCUCGGUGUCUCGCCCCCCAGUAGAGAUCGUGUGGAAUGUGGAGAGGGAUAACCGCACCAUGGGCCCUCCAGUAACGACGCAGCUCCCACUGGUGGACGGGACCACUCUGGUCAUCAGCACGCUGACAGUCCAAUCAGGGCUGCUGAAAGACGUGUCAGUCAAAUGCUUGGUGCACCACAAAGGGCUCGAGUCACCGAUUGCUGUAUCCAUGAACACAAAAAUUGGGACGGCUCUCACCAUCCUGAUCUCAGUCACCACGGUGGCAGCACUGCUGGUCAUGUCUCUCUGCUUCUGCCUUUGGAAGUGUUUCCUUCACAAAGAAGCUGAUUAAUUUUUCAGAUGAUACCAGACCGGGAAGAGAGGCGGGGCUUCUCAGAGUCAACAGGACAGAAUUGUUCCCUGCAUCUUCAUCAUCAUCAUCAUCAUCCUUGGGUCCAAAGGGAAGAUGUUCUGACACACCUCUAUAGGAUGUCAUAUGCAAUCCUAUUUAUGAGCUCAGACUCGUACAGCGACAUUCAUCUCUGCUCCUCUGAAUCCGACUCUUAUCUAAUCUCCGGGCUGUCCUCACAUAAAGUCAACAAGGAGACGCUGAGUGGAUAUGUUUUCUCUCUUUAGCUUUUGUGAUUGAUUGGUUGCACAUUCCACCACACACAGCAGAUCUACUGUAUGAUAAGUAGAAAUACAGUGCUUGCUGUUGCAGUAUAUUGCACAUGUUAAAAAAUACUGUCCUUCGUCCAUCUGAUGUCUGGUGAUAUAGUAUCUGUCUUACUUGGUCUGAAGUACAAUAGCUUAUUUCUCUGUUUCACACCAUCGCUAAUGUUGUCCAAAAACUAUUGAAGGUGCAUGAGGGCCUGUGUCCAUUAGCAGCAUUUUCUGCAGUAACCAAUGCAGUUCAGCGUUUUCAUGAUUCAGCAUCCUAAGCACAAAAAGCCCCUGGUGUAGGCUAAUUUUUGUCGCUGUGCUCACAGAGCUCUCGGUUGAAAAGCUUUAAAACACUGUCGCAAUCGUCAGUGUCAUUUCUUCAUCACUGACCAAAUAAAAACAAGAAGGGGCGGGACUUCUGAUGUAAACUUUGUCAACAAUAGCAGAGGUCAACAUCGAGGCAACCUACCACAUUCUUUUUCCAAGGUUACAAUUUCCAGAUCUAAAGUGGCUGCUAACGCUACAAUGCUACAAAUUGCUUUUACAUUUUCUUUGUGAAAUGCUAUUGAAUGAAAGCAAAUAUUGAGCAUACAGAGUAAUUCAACACAGACUUAAAGGUCACUACUAAGGGAAGUAUAAGUGCUACAGGACAACUUUUACAAUCUAGCAACAGUAAGUGCCGGCUGAGGUGCUCUGAAAUUGAGGUUGUGGGUGCUGGCAGCUCAAAAAAAAUGUCCUUGAUGGACACAGGCCCUUAUUGAGUCACUUGCAACAUUGGCAUGAACACGGCAAAUGUAGUUCAUUGUAUUCUAUCUAAUAUACACCAACUUGAUUAAGUAUGAGAACACUAAUGAAUGUUUUGUCUGUGGCUAAAUGUAGUCCCCAAGACAAGCACCAUUUACCACUAUUUGAUUAGCGUUUGCAAAAACGUUACAUUCCUCAGCUUUUUUUUUUUAACUUUUGUAAUUACAAAGUUUUAAUUUGUGCACUAUUUUUCAAGAUUUAUGUCUUUAUUAUUUUCUUAACCAUAGCAGUAUUAGAGAUAGAUGAAUGCUUUGUUGUUGCGUUAUUUUUUUUGUUUUUGUUUCUUUCUUUUUGUUGUUUUUUUGACAAUAGGAAAAAACAGUAUUUCCAACUUUAUCCAGUGAAAUAACAGCAUAUUGGCACUUUGAACGCUCCCUUAAUUCUAAACUUUAUUUUCCUCAGUUGAAGGCAUCUUUUGGCCCCUUUUGCAUAUUUUUAAAGCAUGGUGAAGUCAGUUGGUCCUCAUUGGUUCAACUGAGGUGGCUGUAUACUCAUGUCUUGUUUGUGUAAUAUCUACUGCAGAUGUUCUACAUGCUUUAAGAUCUGUUUGUGUAUGGUAUGAGAGUGAGAGAGACAGAGAGUGUGUGUGUGGCAUAUUUUUUGAGGAUAAAUUCCAUGGUCAUAGUUUGCAUGAAUUCCUUGAGGGAGCCAUGCAAAAACCUUUUUGGUACCCCUGUAAGGAAUGCAUGUCUUGUUAGCUGAAGGCAUGGCAGAGUGCAGCAAGUCCCUGUAUUUGAAGAUGUGAUCGGUUUGAGAGGCUUGUGAUUUAAUGCCAGUUAAGACCCAGCGAGUCACUUUCGGUGUUUUCUUUUGUUCUGUUUUAUUUAAAACUUUGCCUGCUCAUUUGAACAUGUCUCUGGAUCAAAGUGGUACUUAUUGCUUCUUGGAUAUACCAUGUUUGCAUGUGUACAGGAGCUUAUAGAAGUUUUACACUGAUAUAUUCUUGUACAUAAAAGCAUAAUGAUUUGAAUCUAUCAGUUACAGAACAUGACUCUAAUGUCCAAUCAGGAACAUCACAUUCCUCACCAGUUAGAAGACUCAAGACAGCAUUCCUCUGUCUGCAUAGUUUCACUGUAUAUGAAGACAACACUCAUGAGCUGAAAGAAUGUUUUAAAUGAAGGGAAAUGAAUCCCAGUAUUCAGCCCUGUACAGAACAACUCCAGUUACAUUUUUUAAAUGACCAGCUAUGUAAAGUUGAUUAAAUAAAUGCAACAAACAGAACAAUAAAACAAAUAAAAAUCUGAAA